AUGUUUAAGUUUGUGUGCCUGUUUGCGCUGAUUGCCUCAACGGCAGCGGCUGCCUCGGAGGCUGAUAGCCUGCUGACCAGCGCCCUCAAGAUGGUCAAGGAUUGCGGCGAGCGCUCCAUGGUCUUGUGCAUGAAGGAGCGAGCUUUGCACUAUUUUGACACCGAGAAUGGAGAUGUGCGGCUUACCGAGGGCAUUGCCCUGGUGAAAACCGAUGACAUACCAGUGGGACGAUCCCUGAACGAUUUGCAGCUGCCGGAGGAGGUGGAGGCCCGGGAGGCUGAGGUGGAUUCCCUGCUGGUGGAGCGAGUGGCUCGCUUCUUUGGCACCCACACGUUGCAGUUCAAGGUGCCCAAGGACUCUAUCCAAGACAUGCAGCGUGCCCUCGAGGAAUCUCGUGGCAAGAAGAAGGAGAAGAAGAAGUACCUGAUGCCUCUGCUGAUGCUCUUCAAGCUGAAAAUGGCCGCCCUUUUGCCGCUGGCCAUUGGCUUCCUGGCCCUGAUCUCCUUCAAGGCCCUGGUGAUUGGCAAGAUCGCUCUGCUGCUCUCCGGCAUCAUUGGUCUGAAGAAGCUGCUGGAGUCCAAGAAGGAGAACUACGAGGUGGUGGCGCAUCCGCACUACGAGCACGAGCAUAGCUACGGUCGCUCACUGCAGCAAGAGGAUUCGCAGGCCCAGCAGCUGGCCUAUGCGGCGUAUAAGCAAUAAGCCAAAAAAAAGAAGAAAUAAUCGCAAAACGCCGAAUGCUGAGGCAAACAUCAGUGCAAUACUCGGAGGGCCGUCUUUAAUUUAUUCUAUUUAUUUAAUUUAUUUGUAUAGCAUAUGUAGUUCAUGCCAGGCUUACACACAUAAGGCGCCAUCAAAAAAGAAAAAACAAGAAAUGAAAACAGAACCCGUAGCAACUAAGUAUGAGAGACAACAAAAAAAAGCCCGAGGGGUGGAUCUGGGGGUUGGCCUUGCGUUAUUUAAUCUUAAAUCUUAAACGUAAUCAAUCUAGCCAAUGACUGUUACUUUUGUAUUAAUACUCAGAGCUUUACUUUAACUUAACUCAACUCAACUCUAAAGCCAAACUAAACUAAAACUAAAACUAUAA